AAUUGAGAGAAUCGACAUCAUGUUGAACGUACGAGCCCUUAACAAGCUCUUGACCGAAAACGUUGACCACAAAGUCUUCCAUUGGAUCGAGACAUGUGCUUACUUUGUGCAGUNNAUCAUGACUCCAAACGGAUCACUGAUGGCAUACACCCUGCCUGCCAACAUGAAAGAACUUCGCGAUCAAGUUGCUCUAGUAUCAAUAUCCUGGAAAGAACACCUAGAACGCAAAGACAACGAAAGGUUCGAACCGCAGUAUAGUCAAGGCGGCCCCAACGAACCGUCAAAACGUGUGGUCCGACCAGACGCAUUAGAAACGCUCACUGUCGAAUUUGACAACCGAAAUCUGAUAGUCAAGUACCUGCAGCCUAAACUGCUAUUAGUACUCGAAGGUGGAGUACCACCGGGAAGAAAACGCGAGCUCAAAGUAACAGCAGAAGCACCCGGCGAUGCACGGUAUCCACCUGAGGACUCGAGUGCAUCUGAUCAUGCUGACACGAUGCUGGGAACAUCUGUUGGAUCAAAGGCAUCCACGACAGCUAGUAGCACGCAACGCCUUAGUGUCCUCCACAUCCAGCGGCGGAAGAUGGAAAUCAUGGCCGAAACGAUCAAGCGAGAGCUGUCUGGUUUCGAGAUGCCUGAGGACCCGACCAACAAGUUCUUC